AUGACGACUUCGAGCAGAUACAGCAGUUACAACUGUCUUACCAGCUGGGACAGCUACGACAGAAUACCAAGAGUUCGUGUCGAGUAUUACGUGAACGAAAACACGUUCAAGGAACGACUUCAGCUGUACUUCAUCAAAAACCAACGUUCGAGUUUGAGGAUACGAUUGGCCAACCUGUUCUUCAAGCUGCUGACAUGCUUCUUAUACAUAUUCAGAGUCAUCACCGACAGCGAUCCAACUUACGCAGCAUGCUACGAUUGCACGCCCGGCAACAAAACCGAGUUCCUCGUGUCCCAGAACCUGACCGAGGAGGAAUUUCAGGAACAUCCGACCAUCAACUGGGAAGCGAUUUUAUGGGUGAGGAGGCCCUUGGAAUUGUGGGUCGUCCAGGUGAUACUUGCAAUAGUGUCACUUACGGAGGCGUUGCUGCUCGCCUAUCUGGGUUACAAGGGAAACGUCUGGCAGCAGCUUCUCUCGUUCCACUUCAUCCUGGAACUGGUCAACACCAUCCCGUUCACCAUCACGCUACUUUAUCCACCAAUGCGAAAUCUCUUCAUUCCUGUGUUCCUAAAUUGCUGGUUGGCAAAGCAUUCAUUGGAAAAUAUGUUCAACGACCUACACAGAGCUAUGCAAAAAUCCCAGUCAGCUUUAAGCCAGCAACUCAUGAUCCUUAGUGCUACGUUACUGUGCCUUGUCUUUACUAGCGUAUGCGGAAUUCAACACUUCCAAAGGGCGGGGCACAGGCAUCUGAAUCUGUUUCAAAGCACAUAUUACGUUGUGGUCACGUUUUCUACGGUUGGUUAUGGGGACUUUGUACCUGAUAUUUGGCCCUCUCAGCUUUAUAUGGUCAUCAUGAUCUGCGUUGCUCUCAUUGUUCUACCUACUCAGUUCGAGCAGUUGGCUUUCACGUGGAUGGAAAGACAAAAGCUAGGUGGCUCGUAUUCCUCGCACAGAGCGCAAAGCGAGAAACACGUGGUGGUAUGCAGUACAACGCUGCAAGCCGACACCAUCAUGGAUUUUCUAAAUGAAUUUUACGCCCAUCCCCUUCUACAGGACUACUACGUUGUACUAUUGUCGCCAAUGGAGCUGGACACCACGAUGAGAAUGAUUCUACAGGUGCCCAUUUGGGCGCAAAGGGUAAUCUAUAUUCAAGGAUCCUGUUUGAAAGAUAGCGAUCUCACCAGAGCAAGAAUGAACGAGGCAGAGGCCUGCUUCGUUCUUGCUGCAAGGAAUUAUGCUGAUAAAACCGCUGCUGAUGAACACACGAUACUUAGGUCGUGGGCAGUGAAGGAUUUUGCACCAAACGUUCCUCAGUACGUUCAAAUCUUCCGUCCGGAGAACAAACUUCACGUGAAGUUUGCAGAGCACGUGGUGUGUGAGGAUGAAUUCAAAUACGCCCUUUUGGCGAAUAACUGUACGUGCCCAGGUGCUUCAACCUUAGUUACUCUUCUGCUGCACACUUCCAGAGGACAAGAGGGACAGCAAUCGCAGGAAGAGUGGCAUAGGCUGUACGGUAAAUGUUCCGGAAAUGAGAUUUAUCACAUUAUCCUCGGGGAUUCUCGGUUUUUCGGCGAGUACGAGGGCAAAUCCUUCACGUACGCGUCCUUCCACAGUCAUCGUAAAUACGGAGUGGCGUUAGUUGCAGUCAGACCAGCGGAACUUCCGGAAUUUUACGAAGACACUAUCCUCUUAAAUCCUGGUCCGCGUCACAUAAUGAAGAAAACGGACACCUGCUACUAUAUGAGCAUCACAAAAGAGGAGAAUUCUGCGUUCGUGGUGGCGAACAACCAGACCGGAAGUGGCACAGAAGGAAUGCAAGUAGUCGUGGAAACGAAAACUGAUGGGACCGGAAACGUGAACAGUAGCUCGAGCAGCAACACAACCACCAACAACACUACCACCACGAUGAACUCGGGCACAGGGGCAGGCACCACGACGACGACCACCACAAUCUCGACCAGCUGCACGAUCGCCGGUGGUGAUGGGAACGGUACUGCAAACAAGCCUGGUGCUAACGAGCACCAUCGUAAUUCCAACAGUUGUAACAAUGCGCUGAACGAAACAGCUUGCUGCAGGCAGGAGACGACCUGCACGGGGCCCCGUGGACAGAGCGUACACGGUACUCAGACACACAGGGCCCCACAGGUUAUUUUGCAGGUCCUCCCUAGCACGCCCACACCACUCGAACACCACAACAUACUCGCAUCCGAUGUCCACCCAACCUAUUUAGAUCCAGGGGGGUUUGGAGAUUCGCGGCAGUGUUUGAAGGAUGGAGGAUCUACGCCGCAAACACCAAUAACUGGAAAUCACUUGGACGUACCACGAUCCAUAGAUCCGAAUCCGAACCUGCUCAGUCCCGAAAUCCUUACACAAAGAAGAGGAAGUAGAAGACCAAGCAUUUUACCAGUACCAGACAUGUUAACGAGUUCGACCUUACAUCUUCCUGGUCAGGAAUCCUUAGAUCACGAAGGUGAUGAGUCCGAGGAUGAAAUGGACGACGACGUCCCUUGGAGAUCACCCAGCGAGAAAAUAGCUUUCAAAGGGAUCGUUAAGGGAUUUCCACCUGUUUCACCCUUCAUAGGCGUGUCACCGACGUUGUGCUACCUAUUGAAAGAAAAGAAACCGCUCUGUUGUCUUCAGCUUGCACAGGUGUGCCAACAUUGCAGCUACAGAAACGCCAAAGAAUAUAAUUGGCAGAAUAAGACCAUAAUCUUGGCAGCUGAUUACGCCAGCAAUGGGAUUUAUAAUUUCAUAAUUCCUUUAAGGGCUCAUUUUAGAUCAAAAACUUCUCUGAAUCCAAUCAUUCUUCUGCUGGAACGAAAACCGGAAAUUGCGUUCCUCGACGCUGUGUCCUAUUUUCCGUUGGUAUACUGGAUGGGAGGAACCAUCGACUGUUUGGACGAUCUUCUUCGCGCCGGCAUCACUCUUGCGGAGAAUGUCGUGGUCGUAAACAAGGAACUUAGCAAUUCCGCGGAAGAAGAUACCUUGGCUGACUGUAAUACAAUCGUAGCGGUUCAAACGAUGUUCAAAUUCUUUCCAAGCAUAAAAAGCAUAACGGAGCUCUCACAGUCUAGCAAUAUGCGUUUCAUGCAAUUCAGAGCACACGACAAGUACGCUCUUCAUCUCAGCAAAAUGGAAAAGAGAGAAAAGGAAAGAGGUUCUCACAUAUCCUAUAUGUUUCGAUUACCUUUUGCGGCUGGCAGUGUCUUCAGUGCCUCCAUGCUGGAUACUCUUCUUUAUCAAGCAUUUGUGAAGGAUUACAUGAUAACGUUUGUGAGAUUGCUAUUGGGUGUAGAUCAAGCGCCAGGAUCCGGUUUCCUGACAUCGAUGAGAAUCACAAAGGACGAUAUGUGGAUCAGAACCUACGGCCGUCUCUAUCAAAAGCUUUGUUCAACGACGUGUGAGAUUCCCAUUGGUAUUUACAGGACGCAGGACACCACGAUUUCGGACACGUCUCACGGCGACUCAGACGCGGAGAGCGACGCCGGCGUCGGCGUGACGUACAAGGUGCGUCAUUCGGCGGCAGCUUCGUGCCUUGCGAAUUGUGCCACCCGCGACAAGGGUGCCUCAGCCUACUCCGUGAGCCUCGGAGAUGAAGCGAGAGACAACCACGCCCAGCAGAUCGAAAGAGCCGAAAUAGCGAAUCUGGUUCGUUCCCGAAUGGAGUCGCUGAAUCUACCAGUAGCCGACUACGACGAUGUCUCUGAGAAACGAAACAGUCUAUCCUACGUGAUCAUCAACCCCAGCUGCGAUCUGAAGCUCGAAGAAGGCGACAUCGUGUACCUUGUACGGCCAAGUCCGUUCUCUGCGCAGAAAACAUUCGAACGACACAAUUCGAGGAGGAAAAGUAACAUCAGCUUCUGUUCAGCCCAACUGGUAUCACAGAUGAGCGCAGCAGUAGCCUCAGCUGGACUACCAGGCGCUGGAGUAGGAAGUCGUCGAGGAUCAGGAAUCGGUUUGCCAAGGGCUCCUCCAUUGGGUACUACAAAAUCGAAUUCCUUAUCCUUACCAGACAGUCCAACAGUGGCUGGUACACUACGUGGUCGUUCCAACUCUUUAAGAGUGGUCGACGAUAUUCUGCUGAGACGUAGCAAUUCGUUGAGACAAGGAUUAACAAUAAGUAGGAGAAAGAGUAGUUUAGAGGACAUAGGUCUGGGUGCUCUAUCGCAUCCUUCAAAUCAUAACCCGAUUAAAAUAGCUCUGAAUGGAUCCAUUGGUUUGGAAGUGACUCCGCCUGAGGAGGGCUCUCAGACAGGUUUCGCCAGCAACACGGGUAUAUUGGACAUUGGCCUGCCCUCUAUGCCAGAGUUAACCGCUGCUCUCGGAUCUAACUUAGAUCCUGGCUUAGGUGGAUCUCUAGGUGGACUGUACGAUCCGCCUAGCCUUCAGUGUCCAUUAGGAUCACAGUCACCUCAGAUCCAAGGCACUACGCAGGAUCCACAACACAUACAAGGGACAAUCGUAUGAUAUAACCUUAUGUGGGGACGCAGGCUCUCCGGCGUGGUUCGAAACAAAUGGCUGUAGCGUUCCCACAUGACACGUUAAGAUCACUAGGUGGGAUGUUGAUUCUCAGCAUCCUGAUUGUCGAUGAUUUUGGUGGGAUUGAAUGGUGAUGACGAUGAUCGUGGGAUUGUGAGACGGCCGGAGAGCAAGGUGUUUCAGUGACACAUUGAAGAUGAAAAUGCUGUGACCGGACUCGGACGAACACAGUGAACAGCUUAGUUAAAUUUUUUACUCCAUUCUACUUUGGUAGUUUGAGUUUAGCUUAGCGGCGAUGUCAUGGUUCACACGAACCAUCGGGGACCUAAACGCGGCGACGUAGAGUCGCGACUGUGAUACGCCAGAAUGCUGAUCCUUCAUUUUGUACAUCUGAGCGGAGCUGGGCAGAUUCUGCAUUCGCCACUUAGAAGUGACACAUUUUAGGUAAUCGUUACGAAUUAUUGUUCAAAUAUAUGGUUCAACGAGUGACUUUGCUUUAAGUGAUAAGUGUCCUAUUAAUAAUCUCUGACGAACUUUCUAAUCUUUUCUUCUUGUUUGAUAAAUAUGCUUCUGGUUUAUGACAAU